AUGUCAAGCAACCCGUUGUUGGCGACGUUGAGCGCGCCAGCCCCAGCACUGUCUUCCAGCUUCUCUGCAAAGAGGCCUGCAUCGGCUUUUGGGAAGGGUCUUCUCGACCCACCCAAUAAGAGGCGCAAAGAGGCGCCGCCUACGAUUUCUCCCUCCACCUCGAAUCUCGAGAACCAGAAUGGCAAGGCGAAUACUCCAGCUGCGAAUGGGGCGAAUGGGAAGCCAAGUAUCAGGCUGAAGCUGCCAGCUGCGCCGCAGCCAGUCCAGCAACCAAAGAUGGAGGAGAUGGAUGUUGACCCAGAAGCACAUAUCAAAGAGCACUACACCGAUCCGUCCCGUUUCGCCCGGUUCACAGUGGAGGCGGUGGAUACAGACCAAGCAGACAAAUCGGUCAUUAAGGAUGUGGUGUCCAACCGUUUCUCUUCAGAUUAUACAUUCUUGGAACAAAAGCCCGAUCACAAGCACAGGCCCCUCUGGGUUUGCGAUGACGGGCGUAUUAUCCUUGAAGCGUUCUCGCCUUUAGCUGUGCAGGCGCAAGACUUUUUGAUUACCAUUGCCGAACCUGUCAGUCGACCGUCGCGAAUCCAUGAAUUCAAACUCACAGCGUACUCAUUAUACGCGGCGGUAUCCGUGGGGAUGGAAACAGAUACCAUUCUGGCCGUUCUGGAGCGAUUCUCGAAAGUCACACUCCCCGAAAGAGUUCGUAAAUUCAUCAAAGAAUGCACCAUGGCCUACGGGAAAGCGAAGCUGGUUCUGAAAGACAACAGAUACUUCAUUGAGUCAACCUAUCCCGAUGUCUUGAAACGACUUCUCACGAAUCCUGACAUUGCCAAAGCUCGUGUCAUCCGUCCAGACGAUGACAGCAUCCCAUCGUUUCUCGCUAAACCAAAUGGCUCGGCCAUAAAUGCGAAAGGAACGGACGUGUCCAAAGCAGACGAAGGAGAAUUGGGAGCCGUCAUCACCCUCGAUUCUAUGGACGAUGGGGAGGAUGAUUUGGAGGACGAGUCGGAGUUUGUUCACUCUUUCGAAAUCUCGAAGCCGCUCGUUGAGGAAGUGAAAAAGCACUGCAUUGGAAUGGAUUACCCUUUGAUGGAGGAAUACGAUUUCAGACAUGACGCUCUUACCCCCAAUCUCGAUAUGGAUCUGAGCCCAAGAACAUCUAUCCGUGAUUACCAGGAGAAGAGUCUGAGCAAGAUGUUCGGAGGAGGUGGCGGUCGUGCCAGAUCUGGGAUCAUUGUUCUACCAACGGGUGCGGGAAAGACUCUGGUUGGGAUCACUGCUGCAUGUACGGUCAAGAAGAGCACAUUGGUUCUUUGCACCAACGCGCUGUCGGUUGACCAAUGGACGAAGGAGUUCCGGAAUUGGACCAGUCUAAAGGAAGGGCAAAUAGCAAAGUUCACCUCCGACGAAAAGCACAAAUUCGUCGGCGAUGCCGGAAUCGUAGUGUCGACAUACACCAUGAUCUCGCACUCCGGAGAGCGAUCCGCUGCUACCGCGCGAAUGAUUGAGUGGAUCAACUCAGUCGAAUGGGGCCUGAUGAUUCUUGACGAGGUGCACGUCGUACCUGCGAACGUUUUCCGACGAGUUUUGACUACGGUGUCCGCUCAUACAAAGCUGGGACUGACGGCGACGCUGGUGAGAGAGGAUGAUAAGAUCGAGGAUCUGAAUUUCCUCAUUGGGCCUAAGCUAUUCGAGGCGAAUUGGAUGGAUCUUGCUAACCGGGGACACAUUGCUAAAGUCGAGGCGACCGAAGUCUGGUGCGGAAUGACGUCCGAAUUCUACCAGGAGUACAUGGAUAGCAAACAUGCAGGGAAACGACGACUCUUGACCGUCAUGAAUCCUAGCAAAUAUCAAGCUUGCGAGUACCUCAUCAAGGCUCGCGAAGCUGCUGGUGAUAAGAUCAUCGUGUUUUCCGAUAACGUGUUCGCUCUGGCUGUAAAUAUGAACUUCGACCCUCGGUUUCACACGCCCAAACUCACUAACCUUCUUUUUGUGCAGUACUACGCUCGAAGAAUGCGAAAGCCAUUCAUCUACGGCAAAACCUCCAACGCCGAGCGUUCCAUCGUUCUCAAAAAGUUCCGCGCGUCCGGACCAGGUUCCUUCCAGACGGUCUUCUUAUCAAAAGUCGGAGACACCUCCUUGGAUCUGCCCGAAGCGACCUGCUUGAUCCAGAUCUCGUCCAUGUUUGGAAGUCGUAGGCAGGAAGCACAGCGUAUGGGUCGUAUCUUGCGAGCGAAGCGGAGGAAUGAGGAGGGGUUCAAAAGCCGAUUUUAUACCCUGGUCACGAAGGAUACGGAGGAGGUGCAGUUUAGCGCGAAGAGGAAGACGUUUUUGAUUGAUCAGGGUUAUGAGUACAAGAUCAUCCCAAGUCUCGAGCAACUCAUCCCCGCCUCAGAGCGGCCAAAACUCUACCUGUACGCACGAAGCGAACAAGAAGAACUAUUGCAAAUCCUCAAACAAACAGACGUCAACCCGGACGGCGAGUCACUCAAUCCUGACGCGGACAACAGCGACGAUGAUUAUACGAACAACCCGGCGAACAUUGCCAAGCCGCGGUUCGGAGCAAGCAAGGCCCUCCAGAAGAAGAAAGAGGAGGAAGCGAGGAAGGCUGCCAGGUUGAAGAGGGAGCAGGCCAAGGCGAAGGAGAGUCGGACACAUAGCUUGUUCAAAGCCUGGAACUCUGGGAAGUGA